UCUACGUUUCUACCAUAACCUAAAAUAAAUCGUUUCAUAACCUCCAUCUCCGAAAAAUGUUUACGUAUCCCAUAUCCUAAAGUUGAUAAAAAAAACUAUCCAUUUUUCGGUUCUCCUUGAAAUAGGACUUCCGAAAAAUGUUUAUUUCACGGGUUGUGCGUGCUCCGUCGAUUUCUCGUGUCAGCCGGCACAUUCGAAACUUUAGCGUUCCGGCAACAGUCGCUGACACCGCUGAGACCGAAGUUGAAUAUCCACCAAUUCUUGAUCUUUCUUAUCGAGCAGUUCAAUCAAGGAAAAAAGAAGAGCAUUAUGCCUUGGUUAAAAGACAAGAAACCGUGGAGGAGAAGUUAAUAGCGGUUAAUAUGCCAAGGUAUUAUGGCUGGACUUCUGUUCUCAUGAAGGAAAAUGAAGUCCAUUAUGAUUCUUUGGAACAGGCACAGUUCGUUACGAGAACUCAUAUUGUGCCCAAAGCGGGUUUACCUACUGUUUAUGAUACUGUCAUCAGUACUGAGGCUUUGGAUUCGAUUCUGGAAAAUGUACGAAGUCAAGUAGAAGAGGUUUUGGUCCUCGAGUACUCUAGAAGAAAGCGACAACAGGAGUUAGAACCCUCGGUGAUAUCCGACGCUAAAGGAUUUCAAAAUAUCCAAACCAAGGCAGUAACACGACAAAUCAACAGGAUCUUACUCGUUGAACUCUCAACGAAAUAUCCACAUCUACUAGAAACUCAAGUCGAUUUAGAUCCUCGAAUUGAGGCCUUCUGGUGCGUUGGAGGAAUAGUACCUCCGGUAAAUGUAGUUAUCAAGAAAAGAAGUCGCGGGUGGAUGAAACCGUAUGCUAAUGACCCCAUCGACCGUUAUUUCCAAUAUUUGGGUGAACCAAAUCUUCAUCUGCGACAUCAUCUCCCUCUUCGAGAAAUCAUUUCUCUCCAAGAGUCGGAAAAUUCCGAGUAUGAAGUUCCCGAUUUUCGAUUCGAUCCCCGAACCGUGGGCUACCAUCAGACUAUGAGGCACGGAACCAAUAUUCCUGGGUUUUGGCCCGGUGAUCAUCAUGAAUUUGGACUUUUGUCGUAUCACAAUUGUGGCUACAUGGCAACGAGGCCUCGGGAUUGGGACGAUGAAGAAACGGCGCUCAAAACCCAAGCAGUGAGAGCUUCUUUUGCUUGGCUUCACAGUCAAGCGUGUUAUCAAGGGUUUUCGACCUUCAACGAUAUAACCUACCCCCUGUUGACUCAAAACAUCAUCACUAAUGGCCAGUGGUGGCUGUUCAGUGUCUAUCAAUUAAAUACAAUGUUGUUAUGCGACACACAAAUCGAUGCAAAUCCGAAAAAAAAUCUUUUUUGGACAACCAAUCCCCUUCAGUUAUUCGAGCGUAUUGAAGACAACAAAGUUCACGGAUUCAAUGAUGAAGUCUUAAAGCAUUUAAUUAAAUUUUACGUGAACCAGCCUCAGGAGCGCGAAGUGGAAAUGAAGCCCUACUUGGGAAAGGAUGUCAAAGUCGUCGCGGAUAUUGAAGAUCCAGAGAAGAGGAAUUGGCUCGAGAAACAUUUCAAGAACCUCAUGUCUUGCAGACCUAGACACAGACUCAUGCCGGAGAUUUACAACUGGCAAGAAAUUUACAUCCGCAAGUUUCCGACCCGACCGAUGGAGAAGAGGAUGGAGCCUUGGCAAAAUGGUAUUAACAUGCAAUUGCGAAAAUUGGAUGAACACCAGCCCGAAUAUAUACCGAAAUGCCUCAGGCCUUAUCCAAAAAGCAGAGCAAAAUGGGCGAAAACUUUCUACCCGAAGUAGGAUUGUGUGCAUUUAUAAAGUCAAACUCAAAAGUAAUGAUAAGAGCGCGAACCGUGUAAAUAAAAGAAAAAUAGGAGGCAACGCUUUUCUGCGGGGAGAUUUAAUAAAGGAAUUGUAGAAAGUU